CUCAUCAUCAACUGUCGCUGUCUGUGCGCUCUUCCUUCUUCAAGUCAAUCUCAAUAAGUAACUGCACCGAAAUCCCCCGUCAGUUCGCCUCCAGAUCUGAUCUGUGCUAGCAUUUUGGUUCUUAAUUUGCUUCGACUGAAGCGGAAGAUCCGAGUUGUUAUGGUCUAUUCUGUCUCUGGCAAAAGCGGCAUUUCCGAUCACUGGGUUUUAUGAAUUCAGUCUGAGGUCGAUUUGGGAAUUUUGGGGUUUCUGCUUCGAUGAAGGAACUGAACCCAACGGAUCCGUUUGGGCAAAACGUGAUAAAGCUCAUUAGCAAUGUGUGCUUCUCAGUAUUUGUGUUCUCUGUGCUGAUUUUCACCGUAAUUGCCAUCACAUACCAACCCCCUGAUCCAUGGGAGUCUGCCAGAGCCCUGACUAUGGUUUUCACCGACGUAGAAAACGCCACAUUCCAGGUGGAUACGUCGGUGGUGAAAACCGGGGAGGACAUUGCUCUAGCUCCGGUGGCAUCGCCAGGGGCAUCAAUCACACCGAUCACCGAAUCCACUGUGGAGAGAUCAGAGGGGGAAUUGUUGAAAGAUGCGACCUCGAAACCAAGCUGCGGGGAUUCAUCAGUAAUUAACUGUUCUGAUCCUGGAGUUUUGAUUGCAAUCCAGAAGUUUAAUCUGAGAGUGUUUAAGGCAAUCACAUACUUGGAUUAUCAGCCUCCGGUUACCGGAUCUACGCCGGACGAGUGUGAUGUGUCUUGGAGGUUUAGGAACAAGAAGGAGAAGUCAUGGAGGCGGUACCGGGAUUUCCGGAGGUUCAAGAUGGGAUUUACCGACGAUUGUGUUUACAAGGUUGACCACGCAGGGCGGUGGCAUUCGGGGCUAAAUGCUCGACGUCCGAGGAUUCGUCCGAGUGGUCCGAGAGGGAAGGUGGUUCCGGCGGUUAAAGAUGACGAGAUUAACGACACGAUCCCGACUUUGGGGUCGGAUUCGGCUUUUAGGAAGGGAAGAUAUUUGUACUACUCAAGGGGUGGGGACUAUUGCAAAGGAAUGAACCAUUAUCUUUGGAGCUUUCAAUGUGCACUCGGCGAGGCUCGGUAUUUGAACCGAACAUUUGUGAUGGAUUUGAGCAUCUGCUUGGCGUCGACGUACAUGCAGAGCAAUAAGAACGAGGAAGACAAGGAUUUCAGGUUCUACUUCGAUUACGAACAUUUGAAAGAGACGGCUUCGAUUGUCGAUGAAGGUGAGUUCAUGCGGGAUUGGAAGAGAUGGGACAAGACUCACAAGGCGAAGAUUCCCGUCAGAAAGGUCGCAAGCUAUAAAGUGACGCCGAUGCAGCUGCGGCGAGACAAAAGCACGAUUAUUUGGCGGCAGUUUGACGCGCCUGAGCCGGAUAAUUAUUGGUACAGAGUGUGCGAAGGCCCAGCGGGGAAGUACAUCCAGCGGCCGUGGCACACGAUCUGGAAAUCGAAGCGGCUUAUGAAUAUCGUCUCGGAGAUCAGCGGAAGCAUGGACUGGGAUUUCGAUGGAGUCCAUGUCGUCCGCGGGGAGAAGGCUGAGAACAGGGAGAAGUGGCCGCACCUCGACGCAGACACCUCGCCAGAUGCCAUACUCGCAAAGCUGCAAGGGUUGGUGGCGCCGUGGAGGAAUCUGUACAUUGCUACCAACGAGCCUUUCUACAACUACUUUGAUAAACUGCGGUCGCACUACAAGGUGCAUUUGCUCGAUGACUACCGGAACUUGUGGGGGAACGCAAGCGAGUGGUACAAUGAGACGCGGCAGCUCAACCGUGGACGGCCUAUUGAGUUUGAUGGUUACAUGAGGGCUGCCGUUGACACGGAAGUGUUCUACCGGGCGAAAAAUCGAGUCGAAACAUUCUAUAACUUGACUAUGGAUUGCAAGGAUGGGAUCAAUACUUGCUAAGGUAUAUGGGAAGUGUUGAUAAAUUGGUGUUUUGGCUGUCGUUUUUGUAUGUGAUUUGUAUUGGAACUCAAAACUGCGAUGUUAUAUAUAUAUAGUUGUUU